AUGCGCCACGUGCUGCGCUGUCCGGACAUCCCCGAGGAGGUGGUCACCCGGCUGACCAGCGGGAUGCGGCAGCAGAGGCAGUACCCCGCGCCGCAGUACACCGUCUCGGGGAUGGAGGCGGGAAUGGCCAGCCAGGCGGAGCCGAGUGGAAGUGAGCAGGGGUCGGAGACGAAUGCGGCGCCGUUGACGUCGACGAUAACGCCGACCGAGAGGCGCCCGGUGCUGGGCAAGCGGCCGCGCGCUCCUGCCUCUGCCUCUGCUCCUGUCCCCGCCCCCGUCGCCAUUGAUGCUGGCGGCAACUACCGCCUGGAGCAGGUGUUGACGUCCAUCCGAGACGUGUUGGAGCAGACGCUGGAGUACAAGCAGCAGGAGCUGCAGCUCAGGAGAGAGGAGCUCGAGUUCCAGCGGGAGGCGCUGGACACCAAGAUGGAGGACAGACGCCAGGCCAGGGAGGAGGAGAGGAGGGACAGACGCGAGCAGCGCGAGGCGGACAGACAAGAGAAGCUGGAGCUCGCCCGCAUCGAGAACGAGAAGAACCUGGCCUUCCUCAAGGCGGUGAUGGAGUCAUCGCAACAGGCGCGGCGCUCAGGAUGA